CGGGUACCAAAGGCAUUGUAAAACAUGAAAUGCACCACAAUUCAACACAAUUAUAUCAUUAUCAAAUCGGUGAAUGUCUUUUUCCGUAUACUUGUCUGGUUCUGUCUCCAAGUUAGCCCGACAAAUCCCGUGCCCAAAAUAGUGGAUCAAACCACAGAGCACAAGCCUAGGUUAGUGGUCUGUCUGAGGCUCCUGAUUGAUUGAGCGCCGUAGCUUCGUGGAUUUGGUUUUCCUCGUCAUCCGAAAACCUCUUUUUCUACUGUUACCUCCUUGUGACGAUCUAAACCGCUCUCCCUCUCUCCCUCUCUUUAUCCCCUCAAGUCCCUCCCUCUCUCAAUCAUAUCCCCAAUCUCCUCUCUUCCUUUAUCCGUCACAAUGUUCAAGCUCGGCCGUAGUCGUGCUGUGGCUUCGGCCCUCAACGCCUCAAAGGUAUGUCCCAGUUAUUAUUGCUCGCUAAACAAAAGCUUGGUGAUGCGCUUGAUAUACAAACUGUUGCUAACUUUGUUGCUUGGUAGCUCCAGUUUGCUGCCCCUGCCGCUCGAUUCCCUGGCGUUCAACAACGACGAGCUCUGAGCAUUCACGAGUACCUCUCUGCCGACCUCCUCCGACAGGUAAGGUUUUAUCUACUCAAAGUCCCCCCCUUGACGAUCGUCGAUACUACGAACUACAAACUACGGGACUCACCCUUAAAAAAACCACAGCUGCUAACCACCAACAGUACGGCAUUGGUGUCCCCAAGGGUUCCGUCGCAAAGUCCGCCAAGGAGGCCAAGGAGAUCGCUGAGAAGAUUGGCAACGAUGAUAUGGUUAUCAAGGCCCAGGUCCUUGCCGGUGGCCGAGGAAAGGGUACGUUCGACAACGGCCUGAAGGGCGGUGUCCGUGUCAUCUACUCUCCCCACGAGGCCGAGAUGUUCGCCGAGCAGAUGAUCGGCCACAACCUCAUCACCAAGCAGACGGGCGCUGGCGGCCGUCUCUGCAACGCUGUCUACAUUUGCGAGCGCAAGUUUGCUCGUCGUGAGUUCUACCUCGCCAUCCUCAUGGACCGUCAGAACCAGUGCCCCGUCAUCGUCUCCUCUUCCCAGGGCGGUAUGGACAUUGAGACCGUUGCCAAGGAGACCCCCGAUGCCAUCAACACCAACUACAUCGACAUCAACGUCGGUGUCACCGACGAGGUUGCCCGCGAGAUUGCCACUAAGCUCGGCUUCAGCGAGCAGUGCAUCGAGGAGGCCAAAGACACCAUCCAGAAGCUCUACAAGAUCUUCACCGAGAAGGACUCUACCCAGAUUGAGAUCAACCCCCUCUCCGAGACCUCCGACCACAAGGUUCUCUGCAUGGACGCCAAGUUCGGUUUCGACGACAACGCUGAGUUCCGACAGAAGGAUGUCUUUGAGUGGCGCGACACCACCCAGGAGGACCCCGAUGAGGUCCGCGCCGCUGAGUCCAACCUCAACUUCAUCAAGCUUGACGGUGAUAUCGGCUGCCUUGUCAACGGUGCCGGUCUUGCCAUGGCUACCAUGGAUAUCAUCAAGCUGAACGGAGGCCAGCCCGCUAACUUCCUCGACGUUGGUGGUGGUGCCACUCCCGCUGCUAUCCGAGAGGCUUUCGAGCUCAUCACCAGCGAUGCUAAGGUCACCGCUAUCUUUGUCAACAUCUUCGGUGGUAUCGUCCGAUGUGACGCUAUCGCCACUGGUCUCAUCAAGACCGUUGAGAGCAUGAACCUCAGAAUCCCCAUCAUUGCCCGUCUCCAGGGUACCAACGUUGAGCAGGCUCACCAGCUCAUCAACGACUCCGGCCUCAAGAUCUUCUCCAUCGAUGACCUACAAACCGCCGCCGAGAAGGCUGUCCAGCUGUCCAAGGUCGUCAAGAUGGCCCGUGACAUCGAUGUCGGUGUCGAGUUCACCCUCGGUAUCUAAACAGCUCCACUUGAAAAUGCUGUUAGACGAGCAGUGGUGAAGGAUAUGAUAUAAUAACAAGAUGUGAGACUUGAGCUCCAGGAGGCUGCGGUCCCAACCAAAACCGAGAGUAGAUGAAACAAACACUCAUGAAAAAGAGUGGGAGACAUGGGUGGAUAUUCCUGUUUUUUUAAUUUAGCAUGCAUCGGUCGGUCUUUGGAGCUCGCUGCUCGUAAAGACACAUGGUUUCGAUGCUCUCGAAUGUGUCCGAUUGGUUCGAUAGAAGGACGGAUGAUUCAAAGGAUGGACGGGCGAUAUGGUCUCCAACAAGAUGAUUUUUCGCGUAUCCACGCCCUGCAACUGUUGUAUUCCUGAUGCUGUGAUUUGUGAUCUGGUGUGGCGUGUGAGGUGAAUGGUGACGAUUCGUCAUGUCUCGUGAGAUGACAGCCAAAAAAUGAGGCUCUCGAGAUUUAUUGUCGUGCUACCUUGGACCCCAGGCUUAACAGAAGGAGUAUUCCAUACAGCCAACUUUGACUUAUAUCGAGUCCAUUUGAUACAGUGAUGGGUUCUAGAGUGAUGAGAGCAGCUGAGGUGUCUAAAGAGUCAUUCUCAAUAAAGACGAGUCUUUACUGAGUGAAUAAGAUCAAGUCACAGAUGGGCUGUUAAACUAAAUAUGUAUAAGAAGACAAUUCGAUGUUUCGGUCCAGACUCGGCUAAUAAGUCUCUCGGAUGUAAGGGUCCAAUUUCAUGCAUCGUCUCAGAGCCGCAUUUUUAGCUCAUAAUGGGAUGAUUUCAACUCGUUGACAAAAUGUGUUAAUAAUGGAUCAAAGGGUUAGACAUAGGGACACGAGUAUUAGGACAACCUCUUCAAGUUAAAGAAACAAAAAAGAACAAGAAGUCAUUCGGGAAUACUAUAACUUAGAUCAUCGAGGUGCAGUUGAAAGGCACCCAUCGUGGGCAAGGCUUGGCGAUCUCUCGUCUCGCCGCACACCAUCACGACCUAAAGUCAGCCUCAACUUUUCCACGACUCCCUGCAAAUAUCGUGACUUUUCUCUUUUCUCAUCCUUUAUCUCCACUACAUUUAUCAUAUCAUAUCAACCAAGCACAGAUAUCCAUGACUCACCAUAACUGAAAUCUCUGAACAAGUUUUUCCCAACUUAUCCUCGGCUAUUCCCCUUGCCAAAGACCCACGUUUCAAUGAUGAAAAUCUCCUGACGUAGAUAAGACAUCGGAUCGAGCCGCAAAAGGGGAACAGCUUUUAACCAAUGGGUUCUCGUUCCGUUGAGGUUCGAGGCGGGAAUUGCGUCGGUUUCAUUUCCAGAUCCACUGCGGAAGAGCCGCAUGCAAGAUUUAUACAGACGAAGGGAGGUGUGAGGUAGGAUUUGCGAAUGCCGACGCAAGACCGACGCGGGAGGAGUAUCUGAGAUGGAAUCUGUAGAUGAUGGGUGAUUUGGAGAAAACGGAGACUCGAAAACAGUUAAUUGUCUUAACUUGGUGUUGUUUUCAUAAGUGAGUUUGAAGGCGUGUAAGUCAACCGUUACUGGUUGUAUAGGUCAGUUUAGUAUAUCUAACAGCUUGCUAACUCAAGAAAACAACGCACCGAUACCAUUACCAUUAGACUAUAGUAGCAGUUACAAACAGUAAUAUAAACUCUACAGCCAAUUACCUAUAUGCUAUGGCUUUGCUGUCCUGUCUCGUAGUGAGCUCACUCGAUCAUCCGUCAAUCUCACGUGCCAACG